UAAAAGUAAGGUGAGGUAAUUUUUUUUCUUAGCCAAUGAUAGUAUUUCUAUCAGCUUGUGUGGUUUAGGAUUCGAUUGUUGGGUGCACGUACUAGGCCUCCAUCUGAUCCUAAUUAUUUGUAUUUUAAUGAGUUUUUAGAUCUCAAUAAUACUCAUGUUUAGCCGGUUGUUGAUUAUAUACAUUUGUUAAUUACUUAAAGUGAUGACAUGACUAAGAUCAAUUAUUUUCUUUAUGUAACCAAAUAGGUAUAGAUUCUCACUUGCACGUAUAUUUCCCAAAAACCUUGCUUGAAUCUAUUUUAUUGAAUGCUAGUUUGGGAAGUUUAAAUAUAUCUCCACAAGUUAGCCCUGCGACUUAUUAUCACGAUCAGCUAAACUAAGACUUGAACAGUUCAACAUUACAGUUUCUUUGGAAUUGAAUGUGUUAAAGAAGUUUAACAAUUGGUCGAGAUAUUUUCUUUCUUUUCAUGAAGCCUAUAUAUAUGAGAGAACAGUUCAGACAAGCAACUUCAAACAGAUCAACAAAACAGACUUUUAUUCUUCUUUUUAGUUGCUCAUCAAUGGCAAUUACUUUCAAAUCAAUAGUUCUAUCCAUAGUCACCCAAUUAUGCCUCGUUUCUUGUGUGCUAAGUCAACAAAACGAAACCAAAUUUCUCUACCACGGAUUUUUCGAAGCCAAUCUACUCAAGUAUGGAUCCUCCAAGAUCCUCCCAAGUGGCAUCUUGGAGCUAACAAAUAGCUCAAGGAGACAAAUGGGUCAAGCCUUCUAUGGCUUCCCCAUACCCUUCAACAACAGUACUAACUCAUCGAACACGCUUUCUUUCUCCACAAGUUUCGUUUUCUCAAUCAACGCACCAGGUCAUGGCCUAACCUUUCUCAUCUCGCCGUCUAUGGAUUUCACUCAAGCCAUGCCGAGCCAGUUUCUCGGUCUCUUCAACACUACAAACAACGGAAACUCCACAAACCGAAUUCUCGCAGUCGAAUUCGACACAGUAAAGUCCACCGAGUUUCUUGACAUCGACGAUAACCACGUAGGCAUUGACGUGAAUGGUUUGGUAUCCGUUGAAUCUGCACCUGCUGCAUUUUUUUCCAACAAGCAAAGCAAGAAUAUAAGUCUGAAGCUGUCAAGCAAAGAUCCGAUCCGGGCUUGGAUCGAAUACAAUGGAGUAGAAAGGCUUCUCAAUGUCACAUUGGCUCCUCUUGACACGUCUAAACCUAAAUUUCCUCUUUUGUCAAGAAAGAUGAAUCUUUCAGAGAUUUUUAUGGAGAAAAUGUAUGUCGGAUUCUCAGCAUCCACAGGAAACAUUACGAGUAGUCAUUAUGUUAUUGGAUGGAGCUUUAGCAGAGAAGGGAAAGCACAAGACUUUGAUCUCAGUCUACUUCCUUCGAUUUCAACCCCAUCGCCAUCUGAUUUUGAUGACCUUGAUCCAAUUCCAGAUCCUCCUUCGGAUUCAGCAUUAACCGUAGAGCCUGACCGCACCAAGAUGAUCAUAAUCUGCACACUUGCAAUCAUAAUCUUUAUGAUUUGAUUAAUGCAAGAGGCAUUUCUCAAUAGUAAAGUUGGAUCAUGAGCCAUGCCUAGUUUUUUUU